CUACGACGUGCUAUUGGCUGCCGGCCCCGAGGAGCUGCUGGGCCAUUUUGGCCGGGGGGGGGCACGGCUCCUCUUCUCAGCCGAGGCGUUCUGUUGGCCCCAAUGGGGGUUGGCCCCCGCGUACCCCCCCCGCGGGGAACGGGAAGAGGUACCUCAAUUCCGGAGGCUUGUGGGUUUCGCCCCCACCGUGUGGCGGUUGGUGCAGCGGUGGCGCUAUAGGGACGACGACGACGAUCAGCUCUUCUAUACCCGCCUCUAUCUCGACCCCGCCCUGCGGGCUGAAUUGGGUUUGGCGUUGGACCACCGCUCCCAAAUCUUCCAGAACCUCAAUGGGGCCAUCGAGGAGGUGAAGCUGCACUUCGAGGGGGGGCGGCCGCGGGUGCGCAAUGCGCUCUAUGGGACCGCCCCCGUUGUGCUGCACGGCAACGGGCCCACCAAGCUGCAGCUGAACUCAUUGGGUAAUUACGUCCCCAACGGUUGGAGCCCGGAGGGCUGCGGGGACUGCGACCGCGACGUCCGCCCUGCGUGGAACGGCACUGUGAGCUCCGCCCGCCGCCCCACACAUCCGUGGGGCCGCCUUACGGCCCCAUAAGUUCGGUCCGGCGCC